AAACAAGCGAAGCGCUUCUCUCUCUGCUGUGGGCGGAACAUAAACGCUCGCUGCUUCUAAACAGACGAGCCGUGAACUUGCUAAAUUCAAUGCAAGACCACCGUUAAUAUAAACAGCCCAACCUUCGACGAUGUCCCCUAUCAUCAUUUUAAAGUUUUAGCAUUUUGUGCAUUAUGGAGAACCCUGAUAGGCCCAACCGAACAGGGCAAGGCAGUUGGGACAGGGGAGCAACGCCAGACAUGGCGGACAACUGGAGGAACCAGGGUAGAGGACAGACCUUCAGACCAGAUGGAGCCCAGCACGGCAAGAGGGGUCAGGGGGGUCCGUACCGAGCCAGCCCUAAGAGGGGAGGACUCGGCCCGUUAGCAUAUUCCCCUGGAGGCUUUCGAGGUGGUCACAGCCCCCUGCAGAGGGACGACCCUCAGUGGUUAUGGAGCAUGGAAAACAGUUGUGUGAGUCGAGAAGAUAAAUGGAGAGAGCGUCCACAGUCCAACUGGGGAAGGAGUGUUCGCGAUGGAGGUCCACGUGAGGACAGGGAUCAUUGGAGGAGAGAUACUUCUGAUGGAAACGCUCAUAAAGCUGGGAACCGACGUAGGCCAAGAAACAAGGGGAAAGUUUUUGCUGAAGAAGACCGGGACGCCGCAAGUGAAGAGUUUGCACCCUCGGUCAAAGAUGAGGUGGAGAAGUGUCUAAAUCGAGAUGAGAUCUACUCUCUGAAGAAGAAAUCCAACAGCAACCCUAAUGCACUUUACUGCUGUGCCCUCUGCGACAUUCUUCUUGACUCUUUGUCUGACGCCAACAGCCAUCGCUCUGACAAGCGGCACAAGCGGAGGCUCAAGGAGAAGCAAGAGCACCUGAUGCUGACCGAGAUCCUGCCUCCCGGCCCAGAGCAUAUUAAUGCAUUAAAUGCGGCUCUGAAAGCUGUUGUACAUGCGCAUGGGAUGGAUGACGGCGACGUUCAGAGCAGACAGGAUGUUGUGUCCCUCAUGCAAGGACGACUCUUGUCUGUCUUGCCUGAGAUCCGGCUGCGGUUAUAUGGAUCGUCUUGCACUAAGUUUGGAUUUAAGGAUUCUGAUGUCAACAUUGACAUUCAGUAUCCACCUCACAUGCAUCAGCCAGAUGUUUUGGUGGCAGUCAAGGAGUGCCUCGCUGUGUGCCCUCUUUUUGUUGAUCUGGAAGCAGAUUUUCAUGCUCGGGUGCCCGUGGUGAUAUGUAAAGAAAAAAAGAGUGGCCUUGUCUGCAAAGUGAGUGCAGGAAAUGAAAACGCCUUCCAAACCACUUCUUAUCUAGCUUCUCUAGCCACGCGCGAGCAUCUCCUCCCUCAACUGGUUCUUGCACUGCGACUUUGGGCAAAGAUCUGCCAAAUAGACCAUGCAGAUGAGGGUGGACUGCCCCCGUAUGUUUUCGCCCUCAUGGUCAUCUACUUUUUACAACAACGCAAAGAGCCCCUCUUGCCAACAUAUCUGAACCACGAAGAGAUAAAAACCUUUACACUCAGCAAACUUUCAAACUUUAACCUCACACACGUAGAAGGUGGAUAUUUGCACUGGGCUUACACCGCAUCAUCCAAAGACACCACACAGCCAGCAGAGGGGGCCUGCAUGAGGGGAAAGGUUCCCCUGGUGUUCCAGAGCCCACGCCCGCCAGUAGAGGUUGGUCGUCUCUGGGUAGAAAUGCUUCGCUUCUAUUCUCUUGAGCUCAACAUGGGCGACAAUGUCAUCAGUGUACGUACCAGAGCUGUUCUUUCCCGGGAUUUAAAAGACUGGCCCAAGAAACGCAUUGCUGUGGAAGACCCCUUUGCUGUAAAGAGGAAUGUGGCCCGCUCUCUUAACAGCCAGCAAAUGUACGACUACAUCCUCCAUUGCCUCAAAAGCACGUAUAAGUACUUUGCACUGCCACUCAACACACCAGCAGGCAGGCAUCAAAGACCCGCUAAAUGCACAAAUGAGUCACGAGAGGGCGAGGCAUGCAUUUCUGAGUUGAGCCGACUUAGCAUCCAGUCCAGUCUCGCAAAAGCUGAAGAAAAUGGUCCUGAAGACUCUGAUUGCAUCAUUGAGGACGAGGAGGAAGUUGAAGAUGGCAGUGACUCCGAGGGGGAAAAGGAAAAGGUGGACUUGGGCAAAAGCAGCUACUCUGAGGAGGAGGAUGAUGAUGAAGAUGUGGAGACGCACGUCAGAUGUCACCUGGAUAGUUUAACCACAGAAGAUGAGGAGAUUUUCCCUGUGGACGAGAUCUCAGGGGAGGAGCUGCUGUCCGAUGAGGAGGGUCCAGAUUUGGACACACCUUUUUCAAAUUGUGAGGAGGGGGAGGAGUCUGUGCCUGCUGUCACCUCGCCUCUGUGUAUAGACGACGCCGCUCAAAACAAAGAACACCCGCAGAACACAAAGUCCUAUGAAUUCACCAAGCAGGCUUUCACCAGAGGAAAACCACACCUGGUCGUAUGUAGCUUGUGCAAGCGUGAUGGCCAUCUGAAGAAAGAUUGUCCAGAUGAUUUCAAGAAAGUGCCGCUGAAGCCUUUGCUGGCGAUGACGCCAAACUUCCUCAGUGUACUUGACAAAGCCUGUGAGCAGUGCUACGUGGACUUUGCCCCAGAUGACUUGGAAUUGACGAUUAGAGAGUGCAUCAUUCAAGAUCUGGAAACCUUCGUCAGACGACAGUUCCCUGGGGCUCGACUGCAGCUGUUUGGAUCGUCCAAAAAUGGUUUUGGCUUCCGGCAGAGCGACCUGGACAUCUGCAUGGUGCGUGACGGCCAGGACACCAUCGAUGAUGUUGACUGCAUCAAUGUAAUUGAACGUCUUGCCAAGCUUCUGAGGAAACACCCUGAUUUGAAGAACAUUCUGCCCAUCACUACAGCUAAAGUCCCCAUUGUAAAGUUCUACCAUGCUCGCACUGGCCUGGAGGGAGACAUAAGCCUCUACAACACACUGGCUCUGUACAACACACGCCUGCUGGCGUUGUACGCCGCAAUUGACAGGAGGGUGAAGAUCCUCUGCUACGUCAUGAAGGUUUUCGCCAAGAUGUGCGACAUUGGGGACGCGUCACGUGGCAGUCUCUCGUCUUAUGCCUGCACUCUCAUGGUACUAUUCUUCCUCCAGCAGAGGGAUCCGCCUCUUAUACCUGUACUGCAAGAGCUCUAUGAUGCAGACGUGAAGCCUGAGGUGUUGGUGGACAGCUGGAAUGUGUAUUUCUUUGACGAUUUAACAGAAUUGUCUGCUCGGUGGCCACAAGGCGGCCAUAACACGGAAACGGUGGGGGAACUGUGGCUGGGCAUGCUCCGCUUUUACACAGAGGACUUUGACUUUAAAGAGCAUGUUGUGUGCAUCCGCCAGAAAGCCCUGCUCACCACUUUCAACAAGCAGUGGACAUCCAAAUACAUUGUCAUUGAAGAUCCUUUCGACCUCAAUCAUAAUCUUGGUGCCGGUCUGUCGAGGAAAAUGACAAAUUUCAUCAUGAAGGCUUUCAUCAAUGGCAGAACAGUGUUUGGCACCCCUUUGACUGUCUUUCCACCUGAGUACCCCAGUUGGAUGGAGUAUUUCUUUGACCCUGAAGUCCUCACUGAGGGAGAAGUGGCCCCCAACGACCGCUGCUGUCGCAUCUGCGGCAAGAUUGGCCACUUCAUGAAAGACUGCCCAAUGCGUAGGAAGUCCAGGCACAGGCAUGACUCUGACAGGAGACUGGAGGGUGCACGAGAGCGAGUGGACACAGGAGAGGAGUCCAGGAACAAAAGCAAGCACUGGAGGAGGAGAGAACAACUAGAACCACGUUGCUGCUUCUUGUGUGGAUCCAGCGCUCACAUCAAGAGGGACUGUCAGCUCUACAGAGGCCCCGCAGGAAAUACCAAGAUGGAAAGCUUCCCUUCGUCCUCUCCCGGGACCCUGAAGAAUUUGAGAGAAAAACAAGUAGUUUAACUUCCUGCAGUUUGGGUCGCCCCGGUGCCAGGAAGAGCCCAGUGGGGUGAGCAGAGGUGACCCAGACCUUCUUUUACUCAAGUCCACAAGCCCCGACAGUCUUCUGACGGGGACUCACCGCCUGGCAGGAGCCCAUUUCCAAGCCAAAGCCAAGACGCCUUGACUUGAAGCCAGCUAGGGCCUUUUUUUAAAUGCUUUUAUUUUCUCUUACCCCCACUCUCAGCAUUCUCCUUUUCAAAGGAGUUUUUAAAUAUUUACUUUUAACAAGGCAAGACAUUAUGCAUGCACCUCAUGUCGUUUUUUGGGGGGGUUUUUUCUAUUUAUUUUAAAUCAGGUGUAAAUCAAACAGAUUAUUUUCCUGGCCUUUUAAGCAUUUCCUGUUGACUUGCUUUCAUUUUAGACUGUCCUUAGACAUGAAUCUAAAAUUUCUGUUUACGUAGACUUUAAGUCAACAGGCACGUGACCUUUCCCCUUUUUUAUUUGUCAUUUCAGUGGCGGAUCUUAAGAUAUAUAUAUUUUUUUUUUACAUUUUAAUUUUUAAUUUGUCCUUUGCACUGAUAUAUCUACAAGCCCAUUUCAGCUCUGCUUAAAAAAAAACAAAAGGCUGCUCGCUAGCAGCUUUCGCUCUGUGUUUGUUAGUCACCACAGUGUAGAUGUAUAUAUUUUAGGAUCAUUGUUUCAUUUUAAGAGACUUGUGGUCUACCAUGUUUUAUAGACAACCACACUGACCCCCGUCUUGCCUGUAACUGAAGUCUAGUCAGACUGCCCUCACUCCUUUUUGGAGCAAGCUUUUUGAGCAUAUUCAAUAUUAGAAAAGGAGAGGGGGGGGGGGAAUCAAAACUGCCUAAAAUGAAAACAUGAAUAUAUAGAUGUAUUUAUUUUACACCUUGUUGAAAUGGAGCCACAAAUGGGUUGCUGCACUGUGAGGGUCCGCUUCCCUCCAUUCAUGUUGUCUGAUGAGGAAAUGAAAUGAAACCUGCUCCUCAAUCCAUAAAGACUAUCUAGCUUCGAUGCCGUCUUGAUAGGAUACAUUUUAUAAAAAAAAUAUGGUUGGCUAUGAAUUGUACAUUUUUGUUUGGAAGGUAUCAAUCAGCCUUACUGUUUUGUGUCUGACACAAAUGGUUGACAUUCAGUGUGCUGUUCAUGAACUGUGGCCCCGCCAGCUUUGGUAUUUGAUCCAUUUUAGUCAUUAAACCAAAUUCCAGUGGUUCCUUUAAA